GGCUAGGCUACUAAGGACGAAGGUAAAAUGGCGCGUGGUUUGAAGUCUGGAGAUAUUUGAUUCUGGAAACGUUUCCUGUCGACUAAAACCUCUUGAAAGAUUAUAAUUUAAAUUGAAUAAGGAAUGGUGCCAUCAGAUUCGUCUGAACCUCCACGUUCAGAAGUUUCUAAAGUAAAAUGGUUCACAGAAGGGGAGUUUUGGUGGAGGACUUUUGCUGCAGUUACAUGGGUGAUGAUUAUCCUUCCACAUGCUCUAUUGCUGUCCUCAUUAGCAGCAUCUGUAGAUCUUUUUCAUCCCUUCAACUGGAUUUCAGGUGGCUUAUCACUGGUUUUAAGCUUUCCAUUUUGGGUAUCUACUUGUUUUUAUGGAGCUAUCAGUAUUGUGGUGACGCUGUCAAAUUCCAAAUUCAAUACUGUUAAAAAUGUUACUCAUCAGAAUCAAAUGUCAGCCUUGUUGUUUCCCCUUCACCCAGCAAGAAUGUUUCACAUUUUUUUGUUCACAUUGUGUGGGAGCCUUUCUGCCUGGUGUUUCCAAGGAAUCAUUGGUGAUGAGGAGGAUGUUUUAACUAUAUUAUGUGAAACAUCAGAAGAAUAUUGUUUAAAUGAGCGUCUAGUUUUUGGCAUUCUUUUUGGAGCAUGGUUGGCAUGUGGAUGGUACUACCUUUUGUAUUACUUUUUAGGUAAUAUUCCCAGAGAUGCCACUGCCAACAUUCUAGAUAUUGCUUUGGACAGAAAUGUGACACCUCUCAACUCCAUAGCAGGCCUUCUGAACCUUUCCCAGUUUUGGCACCUUGUGACAACUGGGUCAUUAAUUUUGUUUGUUUGGACCUUUGGUAACAAACUUCUUAUUAUCUUCCACACACAGAUAUACAGAUUCCCAGUGGAGUAUUCACUCAGUCAUCAACAGGACCAAAGUCUUUGUGUAGUGAUCAAAAAUAAAACAAUCCCAUUAUUAAAGUAUCUUGCUUUGUUUGACCUGGUACAUUUGUCCCAGUUUAGCCUGACAAGAAGAAAGCAGAUUUUCUCUCUUAGUCAACCAAGUGGUCGGCCAGACAACUGGACAAGUAUAUCCACAGAGUGUCUGUCUUUAAUUGAAUCUCUUACACACAAACUGUCUGCAGAGGUUUCUUUGCAAACUCAUCGUCAACAGCCUGUGUUGGACCCUAAAGUGCUUGGCCCAGCUCUCGUCAACGGACAUGCCAAUGGACAUACAGGACAAAGCUCUCCUUUGUUGUCCAGUCCAUAUCAAUCACCAUUAAGUGUGACAAGGAGGCAUCAGUCUCUGUCAUCACCAGGAACAGUUUACCUCUGGUCUGACAAAACUGAAAACACACAAAAGAUACCCUCUCCCAAAACCAAGAAAGAUUUUGGUGUCAUCAACCAUUUUAAAGGCAGAGUGAAUGAAAUGGUCGACAGUUCUGUCUCAAAGAUCAACCAGAUUCCCCACAGGAUUGCUUGUAGAUUGAAAGAGAUACCCGUUAUUGGAUUUCUGUUUGAUAAGAUUCCAGAGACACAAACACAAGCUCUUUUUGCAGAUUGCCAGCUUCAAAUUUGGGCUGUGGAAGCCCUAUCAAGACUAGUUGCUUCAUCAUAUACAGAAGAUACAUAUGGUGUUGUACAAAAGAGUCUUCCAAAAAUUUUCGUCUCUCUCUUGAAUUUACUUCAGGCUUUGGACCAACACUCAAAGCUAUCAUUGGCUUUAAUCUCAAGACCAGAGAUUCAGCCCAGACCUCCUCAGCCACAAGGGUAUCAGUUAAGAGCAACACUCGUGUCUUCGAUCUACAGAAUAACCAAAAUUUUCCAUGAACAUUUACGGAACCUACCAAUGGCUGUAGAACAUGAAAAGAAACUUGAAUCGUUUUUGAUGUUCAGAGAGUAGGAUACAGCCUUAAUGUACAUUUUUUUGGAAAAAUUAGAUUCAAUCUUAGACUUUGGUGCAAUUUUUGGAAUCCUUUUUUGAAAGUUUUUUCUUCCGAAAAGUGCCGUGUUUGGAAAGGUAGCUUUGUCAAAAGUAAUUAAAAGAAGUACGAUAAUGUGCCUGCGUUUAGUGGUUUAACUUUGAAAACUUGGUAAAACCACUUGCAGGACUAUUUUGAUUAUUCCCUUUUGUGUUAGUGCAGCUUGAUCAGAGGUAAAAGGAGAAGAAUUCUUAUCAUGUUGUUAGUAAUUCGCGUCACUUCAAAUGGGUUUGGACUUUACUACUGCUUUUUGGAAUUCUUUCUCUAGAUUGUGAAUAAAUAGUUAUUUGUGAGUUAUGAUUA